AUGGACAUGGACAUGUCGACUGAAGAUCGCCAAACAGCUACCGAUCAUCUUCUCUCCACCAAUGCUAACCCUGAAACCAAUGUCGAUGUCAAUCAGAAUUCAUUUCCUAUUGACUCGAGUAUCCUCGACCCAGCUUUAGAUUUUGCUAUGCCAGCUCCAAAUCCAUCUGACUCUGAUACGACUACUCCGAACUUUCUUUCCUCUGCCAGUAAUGCUUUUCUAGCGGCUAUCAAUCGCUUUACAGUUGCAAUCGCACCCAAGUCGGAUGGUGGCACUCCUCAUGCGAUGGCCUCGGACAUUCCGGUCCCUUCGCAACUGAAAGCCAAUUCUAACCCGGACGAAGACGCUCCGCACGAAGAGGACGAAGGCUCUUCAGACGUCGAUCCUCGUUUUGCUGACGCCGCAUCACAAAAUCAACCAGGGCAAUCACUUUCUAGUCUUUUUGCUCAAGCCAGCGCUCCCUCUGAAGGUUCUAUGACUCCAAUCAGCGAAGCACGUAUGGUCACCAAUGGGAUUCGGGCUCGCACUUCUAGCGCCACCCCCUCGAAUAAGGAGCCAUCAAGUAACAGACGAAAACGCGGCUCAUCUGAGCGUAUUACUCCGAGAAAGCCAUCAGUACGCAUCAAACCACCAGAACAAUUGGCUGCCGAAGCAUUAAUUGAGCAACAAAAUCCCAAUGCGACGAAAAAUCAAUUGAGGUCACUGAAAUUACGCGCCUUACAUGCUGGCCGCAUAGCUGAACGCGAGCUUGGGAUGUCAGAGGAAGAGAAGACUAGGCGGCUAAGAUUGAGAGAGUAUGUGAGGCACAAGCGUGAAGAAGAACGGGCAGAAAAAGCAAAGGCCCCGACCCUCACGAGCGGUGACGGGCCCAAAACUGAGACCAAAGACAAGCCGGCCAACUUUCCUGUCGAUGCUAAUCUCGUUGCGCAAAGCCGUGACCCUAAAUUAUUCGCUGUGCCCGCCACAUCUCGUCCAACUGGCACAGAAACGCGUUCGUCGGUAGGACCAUCCAAACCGGCUGCUGUGCCUAUCCCUGAGUGGCAGGAUCCUGCGCUUAGCACCCCGCAGCGAAAUCUGGUGCUGCACAUGGGUCCUCCCGCUUCAGCUCCCACGACUAGUCAAGCUGACUCCAGCAAACGCAAGAGAGCCUCUCUUGACAAUCCCACUGGAUCUGAACCACGUCGGAAAUAUUAUUCACGAGUUAAAACUCCUGAACAGAGCUCCAUAGAAGCGCAAAUCGAACGAGAUCAUCCAAAUGCGACCAAAAAUCAACUCAAAUCGCUCAAAUUGCGAGCUCUACAUGCCGGUAGGAUUGCAGAACGAGAACGAGACAUGCCAGAAAAAGAAAAAGCUCGCAGAUUGAAGUUGCGAGAAUACAUGCGUCGACGCCGAGAAGACGAACGCGGAGAGGCUAGGCUUGAGCCGUUAACCCCCCAACAAGUCAUACCCCCACCUCGAACCGCAACCCAGGCCCGUCCUCGGUCUCAACUCCAACCUCGACCUGAGCCAUCCAACUUGCGUUCGACUGAGUUGAACGCCGCGGAUCAUUCAGCGGCCUUCUCUAUCAUGGAACUUACCAACACUUUUCAACACCAGUUUCAACAACCUCAACAAACCCCUUCGAUUCAGACCAAUCACAAUCUGCAUCUACAUCCACUCUUUCAGAUGCCAGGAGCAUCAACUCCAUCAACCCAACUAGCCCCACAAUACGACCCUACCAUCGAUCAAAACUAUGCACUACCAAACGUCUGGUCUGACCUUCAACAGCAUCGACCGAGUAUCAGUACUUCUACACACGGCGAGACUUCUAACAAUGGUCUAAUUGCAGAUGACCUCGUUGAAAGUGCCCUUCACGCUGCACUUCAGGAAGCGUGUAAGGCACAUAAUCCAGCAGAUGAUGAUCGAAUGCAAUUUGAUCAAGGUGAAUCGAGUUCGGGUGUCAAUGGUUCAACUGGAAAUCCUGAUCGAGUUGCUGCAAUGGAACAAGAACGGAUCAGAAUUGCAGAAGAAGAAAUCCUUGGGGUUGAAAGAGCUAGAAUUGCAGAUGCUGAGAUGGCUUUGAUUGCGGCAGCUGCGGCUGAAGUUGAAAAAGCACAUUUGUUUGGUAAUGAAUCACUGCCGCCGAUCAUCAAAAAUGAGGAAUCUGGAUAA